AUGACCCCAGGCAAGGACCAGACAGCCCCACCGGCAGCGCUCGAGCACACCGCCGCCCCAGCAGCAGAAAAGCUGCGAGCCAUUUUGCAUGAGAGAAAGAGAAAGAGACAGCUGGCAGAGGCUGCCCGAUCUACGUCGUCGGGUACCCAGGCGCCUCCCACUGCGUCUGUAGCAUCUGCGGCCCCAUCCGCUGCACCCACACUCGCGCUCGUGCCCGCGAGUGAGCCAUCGCCCGCUAGGAAGAAGAUACGGCACAACGAACCCACAUCCUCGGAGACCUCGAUUGUCCACAGCUUGCCGCCCGCGCCAGACUUCAAGACGUCCCUGGCAGAGGCGAAGAGACUGGCCCCUCAACUCGGCCAUCUAUCCAUACAGGAUGAUGGGACCGUGACUGGCCUCCACGUCACCGAGCUCCUCAGCCUGCUUCAAAACCUCGAUCUCACUCCAGGCAGCAUACAACAUGCGGAGACGACGUGCAAGGAGCAGGAGCAGCGUGGCAAGAAGCGCAGGCUCGAUGAGGACGGCGCCGUGCCGGAGCAGCUCGAUGAGGACCGGUCGGUGCAGGAGAACCCCGACUGCCUUGACGACACGAUCGAGGGAUAUCAGGUGUAUGUCGCGAAGCCAGCUCCCCGCGCAGCUUGGGCUGGGGUCCUCGGACGCAACCCCACCGCAUUGUCGCCAGCAGGAUCAGUCGAACUGCAGGCCACACAGGAGGAGGUACAGCCCAGUCUAGCCGCCUACCUCAAAGCCACCAUGAGGAUGCCACCUCUCCUUCGAGUGGAUCCAGCGCUGCUUAAUGCGGCAUUGACACCCGGAGGCAAGAACGGCCACACCCGAAGCGGCCAUGGACAGAUGUUGGCCAACCAUGGGGCUGUUGCCUUCCAUGGCGAUAACCUGCUGUCGCUGACGGUAGGCUUGGCGACCGAGGCGAUUUACCCCGGGUUCAGUUGCGGGGCUCAGUCGCUACUUCGCGACAUUCACGAAGCUAAUGCGACGCAGCGUCUCAUCGCUAUCGGUCUGGGCCUGCACAAGAAGAUGUGCCUAGGAAACGCGGGGAAGCGGGCGAAGGAGGCAGUCUGGCAAGCUGAGCACUCGCUAGGCUUAGUGCUUGAGGGAUUCUUCCUGGCCAUCCUGCUCACGCACGGCAUUGAGGUUACUCUGGCGUAUUCUACGUUGUGCUUCGGCCAGUCGCUGGAGUACAUCUACGACAUGAUGGCCACAGACGCCGUUAGCGAGUCCUCGGAUUCUCGGGAGUGGCGAGAGGCCAUCAGCGGGGCUGGCAUGUUCGACGUGCUUAAGUGGCUCGAGGGAGUGACGUCGUUGGGAGUCAAGGUAGAGACCCACGACGGCCGGGUGACUGUGAGGAUAUGGUGCCAGUGGGGGCAGGAGCUACUUCGUGGCAUGGCAGAGCAUGGCUCUGUGGACGUUGCGCGUGGUCUCGCCUCCCUGCAAAUUAUUCGCCAGAUGUAUACACUGGUACCGCAAACUUGGCGGGACCUCAUGUGA